ACAGGGUGUGUUCUCCGUGUUUUUUUAAAAAAGAUGUGUGCAAAUAUGUGAAUGCGGAGGGCAAAUUUGGAAACCAUGGGGCGCUGCUGCCGCUGGUUCGAGCUGUUCUGCGGCUGGCUGCAUUGCCGCUGAUUGACACAGUUGAGGGGUGGGGACGCAGGGUGGGGUCAGAAGCAGGGAGAGGCGGAGGAGAGACAGAGCGAACGAGCCCAACCCUGAACACGGCAACAACACACUGAGAGCGACACUGGGGAAGAAAGGAUUUUCGACGCCGAAGCUAUGAUCUAGAAGACGAUCCGAGGAAGCGACCGCUGCUUUUCCCAAAAUUAAUUUGAAAGGUGGAAAACUGCCAGCAAGAUUACUAUUAUUCUAUUAUACCCCGCCCGUUCGACCCCCCUCCACUCCACCCCUUCACCACUGCACCCGCUUAGCUACCGAGAUGCACACGGAGACUCGUAACAAGAAAUGCGAAUCGAGUCUUAAGAAGCCCAGUGCCUCCAGCUCUGAGUCAAAGGGAGAGAUGCCUUCGGCCCACAUCAAACCGGAGCCCGAAGAGGUCGACUGCACGAAGCCGGAGGCCAGCGAGGACCCCUCCCAGCCCACAGAGCUGAAGUCGAAGGGGGCGUCGCCCCCGCCCCUCUGCACCGCCAAACAGGAGGCUCCCGACGGCCUCUCCGCCGACCAGACGGAGCCGGUGGACCUUUCCCUCAACAAGCCCCGCCCCUCCCUCCCCGUCGCCACGGUGGCGUCCAGCCCGGCGGCCAACCCGCAGGCGCCCGGCGUGUCGACCACGCCCAUCCCGGCGGUGCUGUCGCCGGGCUCCAUCCUGGCCUCCACGCAGGGAGUGGGCGGCCAGCAGAUCCUGCAUGUCAUCCACACCAUCCCGUCCGUCAACAUGCCCAGCAAGAUGGGCCAGCUGCAGACCAUCCCAGUGGUGGUGCAGUCGCUGCCCGUCGUCUACACCGCCGUGCCCACUGACGGCAUGGCCACCGCCGCCAUCACCGUCCCACUCAUCGGGAGCGACGGCCGCUCGGAGGGGUCAGUACGCAUCAAGCCCGGGUCGGCGUCCCCGGUAGAGUUCCAGAGCGACAGUGACGCGGAGAGUGGGACAGAGACCGGCUCGGCCUCCUUCAGCACACAGGGACUGGAUCCCGGCUCUGGAGUGGAUCUAGACAUGCAGGCCGAUCCUGAUUCGCCAGACAUGAAGAGGAGGCGUGUCCAUAUGUGUGACUACGACGGCUGUAAUAAAGUCUACACCAAGAGCUCCCACCUGAAGGCGCACCGCCGGAUACACACAGGAGAGAAGCCGUACCACUGCACGUGGGAGGGCUGCACCUGGAGGUUCGCCCGCUCGGACGAGCUGACGCGACACUUCCGCAAGCACACGGGCAUCAAGCCCUUCCGCUGCAUCGACUGCGACCGAAGCUUCUCCCGCUCCGACCACCUGGCUCUGCACCGGAGACGCCACGUCAUGAUGUGAAUCCGGCCCCCCCCCCCCCCAACCAACCAACCAACCACCA